GUGGUCUCUGAGACGAAAUAAAGUUUUUUUUUGUGGAAAUAUUGGACUAGCUGGUUAAUUGGUGAGACGAACCGACGGGGAGGAAUCCGCUGAUCACGAACGGGUUCCCUACAUUGGCGCAGCCGACAGGAUAGUGAAGUCAGAUCGACAGGAUUCGAUCUGUGAAGAGAGUGAUUAUGAGCCAGAAUAAGAAGAGUGGAUCGGAACCGAGCGGAGUGGGUAAUUGGGCACAGCACUAAGGUUUCAGGAAUAUACAAGGUUUACACCAGAGAAGAGGUAGGAAAAUUUUGUACUUGUCGGAAACGAAAUUCACGGCGGGAUGCUAAGCAUAAAGGGAGUUAAGAAGGAAGAUCUACGGAUCGUGGCGGAAGAGCUUUGUGGCACAAUAGACGAUAAUCUGAGGGUAUCGGAGUUAAGGGAACUUAUUACGAAAAGUGAUGAUUUUGCUUGUGACCCAGAUUUUGUACUGGAGAUUUUGACUUCCACUGUUGAGGAAAGGAAACGGAAGGAGGAACAAGAGAGCCUAAAAAGGGAACAAGAGAGGCUAGAAAGGGAACGCCAGCACGAGUUAGAGCUGGCGCGGAUUAGCGCUACUAUUCAAAGCAGGGCGAGUAACGGUAGUCCCAGCUUUACGGACAGCCAUCCGGGUGAUGGGCCCGCCGGGAGUAUUGAGAAAUUGAUUACGAGCGUGAAAACGUUAACAUUGCCAGUCCCAACUAAGUCCGAAAAUUGGAACCUAUUUUUCGUAUCUAUAGAGCGAGCGUCCCAAUCGAAGAAUGUGCCGGAAGAGAUGAAAUCUGAGAUACUGAUCAAUAUUCUGGGAGAAAAGACCGCAAACAUUUUGAUUUAUAUAACCGGAGACGAGUUAACGGAUUACUCAAGCGUGAAGAAAUUAGUGUUACGAGAAUACGAACCGUCCGCCCAAUGCUGCCUGGAAAAUUUUUGGAGUGCUAGGCGUAGGCCCGACGAGACUCACAUGCAAUUUAUGUCGAGAAUAGCGUCGUCUUCGGAAUACUAUUGCGAGUUGAGGAGAGUGAAGGACUUGGAAAGUUUAAAACGAUUAAUCGUGGCGGACAGAUUAUUUCAGACGUUGGAUGUCGACACGGCGGCCCAUAUAAGCGUUCGUCAGGGCGAGGGGUGGUUUAACCCUAUUAACAUGGCGAGAGAGUGCGACCUAUAUUUUGAAAGCAAGGGAAAAUCUAUAACCGAGACGUACAACGAGUCGGAUGAGGGACAGAAAGACACACUCAACUAUCGUCAGGAAAUGAAAUGGGGGGAGUGCUUCAUCUGUGGAUCAACGCAACAUAUUUCUAGAUCCUGCCCGCAGAAGAUAAGGGAUACAUCCAUAAACGAUAGUCGCACUCAACCCUCGACCGGUCGGAGACGGAACGACGUUGCGUUAGUGGGGAGUGUGAGGUCGGAACACUUUGACAAAAAAACUAGCAGCCAUUUGAAGUCAGGCCCUAGUAUUCAAUGUUUACAAUACGUUACGGUCAACAUAGGUGGGCAAGAUACCGAAGCCAUCGUAGAUUCAGGCACCCAAGUCCCAGUCUUGCGCCCCGAAGAUGUUACCAGCUCGAAUGACGGGGACUGGGGAACAAUAAUUUUGAGCCCAGCGUUUGGGGAAGAGAUUAAGGCACAGACAGUAAAGGUCCCUAUGGCUAUUAAAGACCGUUGCAGCCAAACUUUAUUAUCCCCCGUAGAAGUCACGGUGGCACUGACCGAGAAAUUGAAGGGCCCUCGUCUCUUGCCGCCUGGUAUUUUCAAAGUGUUGGAAGGACAAGCUGGCGUGUACAGACUUCCUCACCUUCGUAAUCGUGGGAGUGGAACAGCUGGUCGUGAACCAACUGAUUGGGACCGAAACCGGUACUCGGAUACGAGUGAUCGAUAUGUGGGUCUUCACGAUAAAGCAUUGUUUCAGAGGACCGAUAGUCAUAAUAGAAGCUAUCCGAGCAGAAAAGGUUCUGGUGGUCGGAAAUACAGUGACCACAAAGAUUCUGGAAAUAUAAACAAUUGGGAAAGCAAUCAUAAGCGAGGAGAAGCAGAUUUCUCUAAUUUUAGAAAAGGAAAUCCAAAAGUUUCCCUGGUACACGUCAUACAUGACAGACAGCGAACGCGAUCAUAACUGGCGAGGUCCCCAUGCUCCAAAAGAUGCUCCAAGGAACCGCUGGCGCGACGGCAUUCACGGAAGUAAAAGUGUCUGGAAUCAUCGGAAGGGUAGUAGACGUUCCGAGUACGACGACAAUCGGAACAGGCAAGAUGAACAAAAGACCAAUAAUCGAAGUAAAUAUUUAGAAGGUGGAAGUAGGAGGUACGGCUCCAGCGGCCUCCGAUCUCGUGGUUAUCGUCUGUUCGGCCGUGAUCGAGGCUACACAGAUCACAUCGCAGUAUCAAAUAAAUACUCAUCUCCUGCUGUUGGUUACGGAAGAAACAACUAUGAUGUUCAGCAUAAAGGAGACUAUGGUGGGGUAACUGAGAACUCUCGUAACGUGUUGGCGACAAAGGCAGCAGUGGACCCAUUUUGGAGGAAUUUAUGAUACUUCCGAUUCAACAGCGUAUUUGUGGUGUUAAAAGUGACGUUUGUUUCGAUAUGUUUCGUAGUGAUGAGAACUAUCAAUAUAAUUUGUGUAAAAGGAAAAUUGUGUAUCGUCUGUAUGAACUUUUUGUAUUGUAUAAGUUUUAUUGUAGCCUUUACUUUUUGAAAAUUGUAGUUGAGACCCGUGUUCGGGUUCACACCCUAACACUUGUCUUGCGGCGGGGGUGUAGUGAUAUCGGACCUUCUCGUCCUCCCUCUCCGAGGGGUUUCGUCGGGGCAGAUGCGAUCUAUCCAUCGACACAGGCUAACGAGGGGUCGUUAAGACCGGGGAAGAAAACGCGGGAAGAAGGAAUUUUUGGGAGAGGAAUUCGGGACACGAGAGGGAGAGGGAGUGCGAAGUAGUGGUCCCUGAGACGAAAUAAAGAUUUUUUUUUUUGUGGAAAUAUUGGACUAGCUGGUUAAUUGGUGAGACGAAUCGACGGGGAGGAAUCCGCUGAUCACGAACGGGUUCCCUACACACUAGGGUUUCUCAU